GCCAGAGGCAGGGCCAAACCUUAUUUUGGCGUCCUUUUGCGCAGGCCAAUGCAGUCGGUAACAGCCAGCCGAAUAAUUCUCGAGGCCUUCCAGACUAAUCCGUCACAUAAUCCACACCCCUUGUCAGGCCAUUUCGGCUCCACGCUUCUUCUUUCUAUUGAACCAUCCACUAUAACCCCCCGCCCCCCUAAGUAUUUCCUCCGCCGCAUUGGUACCUGCGCCGCCGCAUUGGCACCCGAGCCGCCCGCAUUGUCAUUUGCCUACUACAUGCAAGAAGCAUUGGUACUUGAGCCUGGGCCCGCAUUGCUAACGUCCCCUCUGCACGCCAGGUACCAUGUCGUCGACCCCCCCUCCCAGCAUGCCGUCCGAGGCUGCUCUUCAGUCAGUCGUGAAGAAUUUGGAAGAUAAUGUGUUUCUGGGCAACGAGAUGCAGGACAGCGAGUCAGCCCACGUCGUCGGCAAGAUGGCCGCAGAUGUCCUCGACCUCGCCCACCUGGACGCUCUGACGGAAUGGCUCGCGACAUUCCAGGCCGUCUUCGGUGCGCCCGGCCUCCACUUCCGCAGCCAGUCGACCGCCGCCACAGCGGAUUCUCCCUUCAGGGCUAGCAUCCACCUCGAGACACGCGGUGGCCAAGCCGUUGCGGGCAGCACCCGCGUCUUCGGCGAAUACCGCCACGGCAGCGCCCCGGCCGCGGCCGAGGACCAUGGCCAAGGCGAUUUCCACCGCUUCUGUCUGCUUGCGCAGCACGUGUUCAAGACCCAGCCGGCUCGGCUCUUCCUGCACGCGUUCCUCGUCCGCGGUGCCACGCUGGAGCUCUGGGUCUUUAAUCGCUCGGGGGCCUACAGCAGCGGGCAUCUUGACCUGGCGCAGAGCCCCCACCUGUUCGUGCAGGCUCUAGCUGGCUACGCCAUGAUGAGCGACGAGGAAUGCGGCAUUAAUACGUUUGUGAAGCGCCUUGGAUCUAAACCGGACGGCCACGUCGCGCUGGACCUGGGCGGCAAGCUCCAUAUUGUCGUCAAGUUUUCCUGGGGAGUGGACGAGAUACCCACCGAGCUCCGAGCGUUGAAGCGAGCGGGCGAGCGCAACGUCUGGGGCGUUAUCCGGCUCCUAGGUCAUCGAGAUCUGGGGAGCAUUGCUAGACUCCGACAAGGGCUACAGUUUCCGUGGCUGUUUAUCGACCAGACCUUGUCGUGCGUCUUCGCUUCGAUAUGCGAGCUGUUGGAGGUCUUGCGCGACUUCGUCAAGGCUCUCCGAUCUCUGCAUCUAGACGGAGGGAUGAUCCAUCGCCACAUCGCCAUCAAGAACUUGGUCAUCAACUCGCAAUACGGCGACGGUAACCCCAAGGGCGUGCUGAUUGAUUUUGACCAGGCGCUGCAUCUCGACAACCGCCGUGACGUCGAGCCGCUAGUUGGGUCGGAUGGGUUCAUGGCCAUCGGCAUAUUCUCGUGGGGGCCGCACACGUAUAGGCACAACCUUGAGUCCCUGUUCUACAAAUGGUGCUCGAUGGAUUUCUACGCUGUCGGGCAGGCGAAGACUGUUGGUAUUAGCCCCGAGGGCUUUUUGGGGAUCCUGGACGAGUUUUCACCCGACUUUGCUCCUCUCCGGAACCUGGCCCAGAAGCUGUACGGGCUCGGUUUUCCUGUACGUGAUGGCAAGAUCUUCACGGGGACGGAGACGGAACAGGCUGCCCUUGGUUUUUAGGACUAGGAGAGGCCGGUUGUAGUCAGAAGAUACAAGCCAAGGCUAGUAGUAAGCGGGCCGCCAAUAUG